AUGUCGGCUAGUAAGCGCCGAAAGCUGGAGGAGGGGCGAGAGGUCCCAAAACCUGCCUUGAGCGCUUUGUCUGCUCGCCGUCAGCUUGCUGCCGCCGCCGUGUUGCAAGAAACAAGCUUAUCCAUCGAGGAAGCACCAAAGCAACGAGCCGGCAAUCAAUUCAGUGUGCUCCAGCGAGCAGCGCAAGCAGACCGUGGCUCACCCAAAAGCCCAUGUACGGCCAGGAGUGUGGCCACCCGUCAAGGAACUACCUCGAAGCGCAGCACCGAGAAGGGCGAGGCAACACCAGAGAGUGGCGCCUCGACCCCCAAAGUCGCUUCAUACUCGUCUUUUCGUCUGAAUAAACAAAAUUAUAAGAAAGCCAAAGAUGGACACUGCGAAUUGCGGCUAUCUGACAGCGAGCGCUUUGUUGUGCUCGGCAGUUUCGGCAUCAAAGUAAGGUCUGGUGAGGUUGCUGUCCUCGGUGCAACGCUCACUGCUUCCGAAACUAUUCAUUGGGUCCAUGCUCCAAACUGUCACGCGAUUCCUGUGAUUCGAACAUCCGAAAAGACACGCCUAGAGCUGCACCACGAUAAAGCAGACAAGCCACUUCUCCGCCUCUCCUCUUUAUCGCCACUGUACCAGCGCAUAUGGCAUGCGGACGACAGAAGCUCUGAAGAGACAGACAAUUCUAGCGGAGAUACCUUCAGAAUACUCUGCACCUCGGGAGAUGCUCCUAAGAAGAGCAUUAUACGGGAGCUUAAUUCACCCGCAGAAUGGAAUAAAGCAAUUUCGGAUAUAACGAGCUCGGCCGCAUUUGACCAGCGAGCUCAGAGUUCUACUCUUGUUUGCGGCCCCAAGGGCGCCGGCAAGUCUACCUUUUCAAAGCUGCUCACGAAUCGCCUUCUUACGACUACGAAUCGAGCCAGCACAGCACAGCCUGGUCCGGGAGUCGCAGUCAUCGAUCUAGACCCUGGACAGCCCGAGUACGCACUGGCUGGGACCGUAUCACUCGUCCACAUCACGAGACCCAAUCUCGGCACGCCUUUUUCGCACCCCGGUUUCCAUCACGCUGGUCACAGAAUCCUGCGCAGCCAUGCACUGGCGUCUGUAUCGCCGGCCAUGUCCCCUUCUCUCUAUAUUCAGUGCGCGAUGGACUUGUACGAAGCAUAUCGGAGAACAUUGCGGAACUGCCCACUACUGAUCAAUACACCGGGGUGGAUCUUGGGAACGGGCUUGGACUUGCUGGUUGACCUGAUUACAAAAAUAUUGCCCUCCCGAGUUAUAUAUAUGUCGGAAGAUGGCCCUUUUGAUGUGAUUGAUGGGCUGCGCUCUGCUACAAGGAAUGAGUUCUUGACGAUGCCAUCGCGGCCUUCGGAGUAUACAGCCAGAACAGGAUCCCAUUUGCGAGCCAUGCAGGCCAUGGCUUACUUCCAUUUGGCUGACAACUCGGCAGCCUCCAGUCUACCAGUCUUGAGCUGGGAUCCCAGACCAAUUUCCUCCAUGCCACCGUGGGAAGUGCGCUACGCUUCGAAGAGGAAGGGAAUCCGUGGUAUCCUAUCCUACGACCACCAGUCACCACCCGAGCUGUUCAGAGCAGCAAUUGAUGGUAUGGUGGUGGCUGUGGUCGAAAUCGAGGACGUCGAGGCGUUUCGCAACAUCAUCGACGGUUACGACUUGGAGUCUCGGCAACCAGAUGCUGUGAACAUUGCAGCGAGCAAAGCACAAAUAGAACACAGCACUGCUGGGAAAACCACGACGAAGGAUGAGCUGAGAACUGUAGUAUCACCAGAGGGGCUACCGAUGAUUUCCAAUGCUUACGAUGCCACGCUGGAUCCUCGUUACUGCCAAGCCAUAGGUCUGGCUCUCGUGCGAGGCAUCGACACGGUGAGCAAGACCCUGCAGCUUAUCUCACCUAUAACGGGAUCGCAAAUACAAAGUGCGCGUUCCCAAGGUCAUGAUAUAAUCCUUGUUCACGGAAAGUUUGACGCGCCUACCUGGGCGUAUGCCGAGGACUUCUUCUAUCAACGCGGCACGGCGUCGCUUGGAAGCAAGGCAGAGCAAAGAGACCUUGACGUGACAUAUGAAGGGACUGAUGAGGAUGGCCUCAAUGCUGAACUGGAUGACACCGAAGAUGUGAACAGUGUGUCUGCGGUACCGUGGCUGGAGAUUUUGCAGGGCAACCAGAAACGGCCUGUGGGAUCAGGUGUCUGGCGCGUACGCCGGGAUCUUGGCCGAAACACGGGAGACUAG